GGUCAUGGCGGGCGUGGUGGUUUGUGUCUGCGUCCCUGACGGACUAGACUGAUCUGUGGGGUCGCGGCGCUCCCGCCCUGACCCGGGGACGGAACGGCGACACCACGAGCAGUGUUGGAAGAUGGCCCUGAACUCUGUGUGCUGGUCCGCCGGCGACCAGGGGCACGGGGUGGCCCACCGGGAUUACCGCAGCCGCCUCAGCCCGACGGCCUCCGCCUUCGCUAUGGUGUCUGGGGACGGCUUCCUCGUUGGCGGGCCUGAGGAGGUUCGUCCGAGACCUCGGCCGGCCGUGCGACCGAACGCCCGCGAGAGCCGCCGAGCGGACCGAGCCGCCCCCUACCCGGCCCCCGGGCUGAAGCGGGAUCUGCUGAGGAGCGUGCUGCAGCAGCGACUGGUGGCCCUGGGAACGGUCGUGGCAGCCCGGAUUGCAGCCUAACACCCGUUAGCUCCGAACAAGGCUCUCCAAACCC